GGCUUCUUCGCCCACCUAAAUCUCGCCGCGCCGGCUCCUCGCCUACCUCAGGAUCCGGCAAUGGCGCCUCCGCCGAGAUGAACCAGCCUGGGCGACGGCAGAGGCGGCCCUCGGCGUGCGUCAGUUACGAAGCUGACUGCCUCCAGCAGGUUUGAUAUGCAAUGAUUCUGGCCUGAGUUCCAGGAUGGUUUGUUCUUGGGACCAGACGUGACCAAAAGUUGACCUCAUGAGCACAUCAAUCUCUCCCGCUGCCAUGCUCCUCCGGAGGCUGCGGCGACUCUCCUGGGGCAGCACUGCUGUCCAGCUCUUCAUCCUGACAGUGGUGACAUUUGGCCUACUGGCCCCCUUGGCCUGUCAUCGGCUUCUGCACUCGUAUUUCUAUCUGCGCCAUUGGCAUCUGAACCAAAUGAGCCAGGAGUUUCUGCAGCAGAGCUUGAAAGAGGGGGAAGCUGCCCUCCACUACUUUGAGGAGCUGCCCUCAGCCAAUGGCUCAGUGCCCAUUGUUUGGCAGGCCACCCCCCGCCCCUGGCUGGUGAUUACCAUCAUCACCGUGGACAGGCAGCCUGGCUUCCACUACGUCUUGCAGGUGGUGUCCCAGUUCCACCGGCUGCUGCAGCAGUGCGGCCCCCAGUGUGAAGGGCAUCAGCUCUUCCUGUGCAACGUGGAGCGCAGUGUGAAUCAUUUCGAUGCCAAGCUGCUCUCUAAGUAUGUCCCUGUGGCAAACCGCUAUGAGGGCACUGAGGAUGACUAUGGCGAUGACCCUUCAACCAACUCGUUUGAGAAAGAGAAGCAGGACUAUGUCUAUUGCCUGGAGUCAUCCCUGCAGACCUAUAAUCCAGACUACGUCCUGAUGGUGGAAGAUGAUGCCGUGCCAGAGGAGCAAAUUUUUCCCGUCUUGGAGCACCUUCUGCGGGCUCGCUUCUCCGAGCCCCACCUCAGAGAUGCCCUUUAUCUAAAGCUCUAUCACCCAGAGAGGCUUCAGCACUAUAUCAACCCAGAACCCAUGAGAAUCCUGGAGUGGGUCGGUGUGGGCAUGUUGCUGGGGCCCUUACUUACCUAUAUUUACAUGAGGUUUGCCAGCCGUCCAGGGUUCAGCUGGCCCGUCCUGCUCUUCUUCUCCCUCUAUAGUAUGGGGCUGGUUGAACUGGUGGGCCGGCACUAUUUCCUGGAACUGCGGCGCCUGAGCCCUUCUUUGUACAGCGUGGUUCCUGCCUCUCAGUGUUGUACCCCAGCCAUGCUCUUCCCUGCCCCUGCAGCCCGCCGGACCCUCACCUACCUGUCACAGGUGUACUGUCAUAAAGGUUUUGGCAAGGACAUGGCCCUGUACUCACUGUUGAGGUCCAAGGGAGAGCGGGCCUAUGUGGUCGAGCCCAAUCUGGUGAAACACAUAGGGCUCUUCUCCAGUCUCCGGUACAACUUCCAUCCUAGUCUGCUCUAGGGAGCCAAGAAAUGCUUCUCUGGAAUUGGCCACUUUUUAGAGAUUCAAAUAUUGUGCUCUUUAUUUAGACACGGUUGCUUGCAGAUAUUUCCUUGUUUAAUGUUGCUAGGAGGAAAGGCACUGGGACAGCUGAGGAACAUAUGGAAGUCAAGAACCUUGGCUUUGGUAACCUCCUGGCAACGGCAGCAGUUUGCCACAGCCCCAGACCUCUCCUUCCACACAGCCACACUGCCUCAUGCAGUCUGACCCACCCAGGGAGGGCGCAUUUACAUACAAGUUACGUUCUCUGAUUGUUUUAAGCUUCUCUUUGUGAUGGAGCUUGUGACUGCCAAAAAUCUUGUGCACAGUAUUAUUAUGACCGAUUUAGAAUUUUGAGUAGAAUUUGGUGAAACAUAAGAUUCUUCUGAAUUGGUGUUUUUCCUCAUUGGGUAUGAGAAUGAAUGUAUGUUUAGAAUAUAUGCCCAAAGAGGCAGGACCAGUUCACUUGUUUCCUUAACCUGGUGUAAUAAAAACUGGUGAAAGCCAUGCAGUGCCCAGCA